AUGUACGUAACGCCCUUGGCAUUUAUCGCCAUUAUUUUUGGCUAUCGACUGGUCCCACCGAUUGCGGCCAAGACGGACUUUGAGCUGCAGUUUGAGAAUUUUACAUGCAUUCGCGGCAGUGCUUCAAAGGCAAAUCCCCUGAAGAGUUUCCAUUGCGGUCUCAGCAAGAAUCCCAAACGGCGCACUAUGCACAUGGAAUUCGCGCUCCUGGAACCGCUUAACGAGCACGAGUUCCACAUGCUCAUUGUAAUACCACGUCGCACAGUGGACUUUGUGCUGCUCAAUGUGACCACAGAUGGCUGCCAGUUGCUCUCGAAUAAGAAUCAAGUACCGCUGCUGCGCAUCGCACGCGAUAUACUUGACCGCUACAGCAAUUUCCCUCGACAUUGCCCCUUUGAGCAGGGCAAGGCCUACUAUAUGCGCGGCUUUCGACUGGACCUGAGUCUAAUACCAGCUGUUAUGAUGGAAACGCCUGUCUCCGUUCAAUUUGGCUAUAAGCGCCGCCAAGUGCAGCUGUUCCAAGGCCAUAUUGUGGCCCAUGUACAGCGCACCAGUAUUGCCAAGAAGAAGAAAGAUGCCUAA